AGAUUAUCAGCAAUCAUCAUCAUCAACAGCAGCAUUCAAGACUAGCAUUCCAUCUGCCUCGUUGACCACCAGCUUUGCAAGAUGUCACCUUCCAACGGAAUCCAGACGGUCGCCCUGGCCGGUGUCGGAAAUAUCGGCUCGCCUCUCGCAUUCGAGUUUCUGGAGAAUGGUCUAACGCUAUCUAUCCUCACACGCGACACUUCCAAAGCCGAUCUGAAGCAAUACGCUGAAAAGGGCGCCAACCUGGUCCAAGUCGACUAUUCGUCGGAAGCGCAGCUGACACAGGCGCUCAGAGGCAUUGAUGUAGUCGUGUCAACCUUGCCUUCAGGCUCAGAUGAUCAGGAGAAGAAUCUUGCCAAGGCGGCCAAGCAGGCUGGCGUCAAGCUUUUUGUCAAGAGUGAAUGGGGUCUCGAUUACGAUGCACCGAACAUGGAGCCGGUCAAUCCGAUGAUCGCAUCCAAGAUGCAACUUCGAGUAGAGCUGAAAGAGGUUGGUCCUCCUAUCUUCGUUGUUAGCAACGGCCUCUUUGCAACCUUGGCAUUUAGUUCGUUCUUGGGCAGCCUCGACGCUGCAACACGGAAAGCCGUCAUCAAUGGCAAUAGCGCGCAGAAGUUCAGCCUGACAGCGUUUGAGGACGUUGCUCGCUUCACACGUUUGGCGAUCACCAGGCUGCCAAUACCCCCAGCAGGCUCAAGUCGCGUCCUGCGCGUGCAGGGUUUCGCCGCUUCGUUCGACGACUUGAUCGCAACUGCCGAACAGGUGGGCGGGAACAAGUUCGAGGUCGCGCACAAAUCGUAUGAAUCAGUUGCGGACAAGCAGCUUGAGCCGAGCUUGGAGGGACUCAUCGCUUGGCUGCUUGCGAGCCUUUCGGAUGGACGCGGCUUGCUUCCGCAAGACAAGCUCACUCAUGAUGAGGUGGGGUUCAAGCCUUCCGUCGAUAUCAGGAAGACCGUUGAGACCGUGCUAAAGGCGUGAGCUCGUGUAUGUUGGCAGCGUAUCGCCGCGACCUCAAUUACAGUAUUCAAAUAUCUUCAGGAGUGCCUUCAGUUCCAUCCCUUCGUAAAAAUUGUUUCCAGUGGUAACAUGCUUACAUGAAAUAAGAAAGCAGGCCGUACUACAGCUGAAUAAUGCGGAGAAAACAA